GGCUAAGUGAGUGAACGUAGCAAAAUAAGGACAAAAUAUACAUUCAUUUUUGUAUUCAAUUGAACUCGAAGUUAUCACAUCUUAAUACUAUUCCUAAGAAUGCGCGAGUGUAUUUCCAUUCAUGUGGGUCAGGCGGGAGUUCAGAUCGGUAAUGCGUGCUGGGAGCUGUACUGCCUCGAGCACGGCAUACAGCCGGACGGGCACAUGCCCAGCGAUAAAACCACCGGAGGCAGUGACGAGUCCUUUAACACCUUCUUCAGCGAGACCGGGGCAGGGAAACAUGUACCCAGAGCCGUGUUCGUGGAUCUUGAACCCACUGUUGUUGAUGAAGUUCGCACUGGAACAUACAGGCAGUUGUUUCAUCCAGAGCAGCUUAUAACUGGGAAGGAAGAUGCUGCCAACAAUUACGCCAGAGGCCAUUACACCAUUGGCAAGGAAAUUGUUGACCUGGUGCUUGACCGUGUUCGCAAAUUGUGUGAUCAAUGUACUGGACUCCAGGGGUUCCUCAUCUUCCACAGCUUUGGUGGAGGAACUGGUUCAGGCUUUGCUUCACUGUUGAUGGAGAGAUUGUCCGUUGACUAUGGCAAGAAAUCAAAGCUUGAGUUUGCCAUUUACCCAGCACCUCAGGUGUCCACAGCUGUGGUAGAGCCCUAUAAUUCCAUUCUGACCACACACACCACCCUUGAACACUCUGACUGUGCUUUCAUGGUGGACAAUGAAGCCAUCUAUGAUAUUUGCCGUCGUAACCUGGACAUAGAGCGCCCUACGUACACCAACCUCAACCGUCUAAUUGGUCAGAUAGUGUCAUCAAUCACAGCCUCCCUGCGAUUCGAUGGAGCGCUCAACGUUGACCUGACAGAGUUUCAGACCAACCUGGUGCCUUACCCUCGCAUACACUUUCCUCUGGUCACCUACGCCCCAGUUAUCUCUGCUGAGAAGGCCUACCAUGAGCAGCUGUCCGUGGCGGAGAUCACCAAUGCCUGCUUUGAGCCAGCCAAUCAGAUGGUGAAGUGUGAUCCCCGGCAUGGAAAAUACAUGGCCUGCUGUAUGCUGUAUCGUGGAGACGUGGUUCCAAAGGAUGUCAAUGCUGCCAUCGGAAGCAUAAAGACCAAGAGGACCAUUCAAUUUGUUGACUGGUGUCCCACAGGGUUCAAGGUUGGUAUCAACUAUCAGCCGCCAACUGUGGUUCCAGGAGGUGAUCUGGCCAAAGUUCAAAGAGCAGUAUGUAUGUUGAGCAACACCACAGCCAUCGCUGAGGCCUGGGCCCGUCUGGAUCACAAGUUUGAUCUAAUGUAUGCAAAGAGAGCCUUUGUACACUGGUACGUCGGUGAAGGUAUGGAAGAGGGUGAGUUUGCCGAGGCCCGUGAAGAUUUGGCUGCUCUUGAGAAAGAUUAUGAAGAGGUCGGAGUCGACUCUCUCGAUGGAGAAGCAGAGGAGGGAGAGGAAUAAAUACGGUUUUGCUCUUAAAUGUUUGAAAU